GGAACACCAACGACCUGCAGGUAUCUCUAGACAGAGAGCUUCAUACAGUAAAUCGAUACCGCGCAGGUUCGAGGAGGUGGGAGAGAUAUAGAUAUGGUGGUCAAGGUGUAUGGCUCGACCAGAGCGGCUUGCCCGCAGAGGGUGAUGGCGUGCCUCUUGGAGAAGGAGGUGGAGUUCGAGAUCGUGCACGUCGAUCUCGAUGCCGGGGAGCAGAAGAAGCCCGAGUUCCUCCAACGACAGCCUUUUGGUCAAGUUCCGGCGGUGGAGGACGGCGAUUUCAGGCUUUUCGAGUCGAGGGCCAUAAUAAGGUACUAUGCAACCAAGUACGCCGGCCGGGGGGCUGACCUGCUGGGCGCAACCCCGGAGGAGCGGGCCGUGGUGGACCAGUGGCUCGAGGUGGAGGCGCACAACUUCAACGACCUGGCGUUCAACCUCGUGUUCCAUCUGGUGAUCUCGCCGCACAUGGGCCUGCGCAGCGACCUGGCGUUGGUCCACAGCAGUGAGCAGAAGCUGGAGAAGGUGAUGGACAUAUACGAGCAGAGGCUGUCCAAGAGCAAGUACUUGGCCGGCGACUUCUUCUCGCUGGCCGACCUCAGCCACUUGCCCGCGAUCCGGUGCCUCACGGAGGACGCCGGGCUCGGCCACUUGGUCAAAGAGAGGAAGUUCGUGAACGCUUGGUGGGAGGACAUCUCGAGCCGGCCCUCGUGGAAGAAACUGCUGACCCUUCUUUGAUUGUCUUGGGAAAAAGCUCUCGUGGACUUCACUUGAGAACUUAUUAAGCCUCUUGCUUGUUAGAUGCUUGAAAUAAUUAAGGGUGUGAUUGGUUUGGUGAAAA